GUGUUAGUCUGUGACACUUUAACUACUUCAAGUUGAAAGAUUAGUUGUCAUUUUAUCUUCGUUGAACAAAAAUUGUUGUGGCUAAUUUGUCUGAUUGAUUUUUCUAUUUUUGGGGAUUUUAAAGUGGAUUUCAAGUUCUUACUCUGCUUAUAUGAACAAUUACUAUUUUAAGUAAUUCACAAUUCACAGAAACAACUAUAAACAUUAUUUUUAUAGAUUUUCUUUGAAAAUCACAUUGUUAAAACAGUAACAGUUCUAUUUUUGUACAAAUUUUUAAACCAUUGUUGUUUAAUAUAUAUCAGGGAGCGCUCUUUUAUUGAUACAAAUACUUAAUUGUGCUUCAUAACCCCUCAUCAUAUUGAAAUGAGAUGAAGAGAAAUUGAUCCAAAUUCAAUUCAAGUUGAUAUGGGAAGAUUUUCCGGAAAAAAAUGCCGUCUACUGUCGAUGUUAUGGCUAACAGCUUUCUUCUUCUUCGUCGAAAUUGUCGUAGGUUAUAUCACAAAUUCUAUGGCGUUAGUGGCAGACAGUUUUCACAUGCUGAGCGACGUAGCGGCAUUAGUAGUAGCUUUUUUAUCAGUUAAGAUGUCACCAAAGAAAUGGUCAAAGAAUACGUUUGGCUGGGCCAGAGCAGAAGUAUUAGGUGCUUUGGUGAACGCCGUAUUUUUAGUAGCUUUAUGUUUCUCAAUAACAGUAGAAGCGUGCAAGAGGUUUAUAGAAAUCGAAGCUAUUCAUGAUCCUCAAUUACUUGUAGUAGUUGGCGGUAUAGGUCUUUUAGUUAACUUAAUUGGAUUGUUAUUAUUUCAUGAACACGGAAGUUCUCAUGGCCAUUCCCAUGGCAGACUAUCUCAUAGUAGAAAUCGAUUAACGCAACUAGCCAUAACCGAUGAUAACGAAAACGACGAAACGUAUCCUAGUCCUCCACCACAACCAUCUACUGUAAAACACGAAUCGCACACUCAUUCUGCUAAUCAGAUGAACAUGCGCGGGGUUUUCUUACAUGUUCUAUCUGACGCAUUAGGUUCGGUUAUUGUGAUAAUAUCGGCUUUGGUAUUUUGGUUAACAGAUUGGAAAUACAAGUACUAUAUUGAUCCAGCCCUUAGUGUUUUGCUAGUUUUACUUAUUUUAAAUUCCGUUUGGCCUUUAUUGAGAGAUUCAGCCUUAAUUCUAUUGCAAACAGUACCGACGCACAUCCAAGUCGAUGCCAUACAAAAUAGAUUGUUGUCCAAAGUAGAUGGAGUACUCGCAGUGCAUGAGUUCCACGUUUGGCAAUUAGCUGGAGACAGAAUUAUAGCAUCGGCGCACAUCAGGUGUCGUAACUUGUCAGAGUAUAUGAAGAUAGCCGAAAAGGUAAAAGAGUUUUUUCACAAUGAAGGAAUUCAUUCGACUACUAUCCAACCGGAAUUUAUAGAUUAUACAGAUAUACCGACAACGUCAAAUGUUCAAGAACAUAUGACAGAAGACUGCGUAUUAGAUUGUCCAAAGAGUGACAAUAGUAAUGACAAUUGUGUUAAAAAUACUUGCUGUGGACCCUCUAAACAAGGUAGAGAUACUCCAUCACCAAACAACACUCCGUAUAUUUGUCGACAAAGAAAUUCAGUAGCCAAUUCAAUAGGUGGAAACGAGGAAAUGAAUGAAAUGGAGCAAGGUGUUCUCCUCGAAAAUCCACCAGCAUUUCAACUAGACUGUGAUUAUUCCCUUCGUGGCUCUCAGUGCUCAUUCAGGGGAUAGAAUUGUUAAAUUAAUGUCGAAAUAUUGAACAGAGUCGAAAAAUAAUAAAUAGGUGAUGUAACGGAACAAUAUUCAAUCCAAAAGUCUCGCAUCUUUUAAUUUUCAAAAGAAAAUAUUAAAUGAACUAAGUUCAAUUCCAACCAAAAUGGAUGUUUGUUAAAUGUGCGCGAUUUACAAAGUGUUGUGUUAUGUUCCGUUAUUUCAUUAUAUUCUUUAAGUAUUUGUUAGUUUCAGCUACAGUUCUUUGUGCAAUGGUUCAUUUUGGUAAAAUUUAUUAUUGAAAUUGUUGUAAUAUAUGGGUUAAUGAUCACUAUUUUCUAUUACAAGAUGUCUUAAAAGAAAGAUAUGAAAAAGUCUAUAGUAGUAAAUCUAUGGCACCUCUUCUGAAGAUCAAUUUGCCAGAGGAAUUUCAUAAACUAGUGGCAGAGAUCUUUUGGAUGUAUUUGAGCUCGGACCUGCUGGAACCAUGUUCUUUGGUUAUAAUCAUCAAAGUUUUGCAGUUUAGACAAGAAGAAGUCGCCGAACAACAGCACGUGAUGCUCUGAAUUCACUGUAACGUCCCCUUUCAUCUUCAAAAAAGUAAGGGCAUAUAAUUACUCGCGCUGACAUCGCAGCCUAUAUGAUCACUUUAGGUAAAUGUAGGGGUAUCUGAUGUUUGUAUUUUGGAUUGGUUGCACUCCACUAGUGGCAAUUUCACUAGUUGACGUACCAAUUAAGAUGAAAAUGAGCUUCAACCGAAAACAAUAUGCUGGUAAACGUUGGAAAGCGCUCAAUAAUCUUAUUAAAGGUGCAGCCCCAUUUUUUUCUGUAAAAUACGAAAUAAUGAUUUUGCACGUUUAAAACAACAGCACGCUUUUGAAUAUACUAGUUAGGCUCGUCUUGAACAGACCGAGUAGCACUGUGUACAUUUUCGAUCAUUCUAGGAGAUCUUGGACGCCCGGAUUUUGGUUUAUCUGAUUUUGUUCUGGUUUUUUCGGUCCAUUUUUCAAUAAAUCAAGCGUCUGGCGCAUCAUUUAAGUAAUAAACAUUGCAGUUUUUUGUAGACGUUACAGUCUCCGAAUUACCGUUUUUGUAAAACUCAGGCACGGUCAGCCCCCGAGAAACUCUAUAGCGACUAAAUUCCCAAGAGCAAUGUUACCGGAUUGAUAUAACUCCCGUACCCAUCCGAAUAGCUGCAUUCACACAAUAAGUAAUACUAAGGUGAAAAUUUCUUUUGAGACAUCUUGUAUCAGCUAUCAUUUUUCUAAAAUUUACCUAAACACAGUUUUAAUAAUUUUUCUUGUGGUCUUUGAUAAUUGUAUAUUAUCUAAGAAAUAGUAUAAAUAAGCAAUAAAUCAGAAUAAAGUGUCGAGAAUUGAAGUUCUUGAGAAUACCAUUAGUUUAAUAUUUUUUAUUUUAAAGAUUCACAAAUUUGGACUCGUUGAAAAUGGAAAGACAUUUUUCAAAAAUAAAUGACCCUUUUUGUUUUACGAAGUUAUAAUUUGUUACCUUCGUUUAUUAUAAUUGUUCUCAAUUCAGAUAUGCACUUUGAACUGAAACUAUUAGAUUUUGAGAUUACCUGAUUUUUUAAUUGAAUCGAUGGAACAGUUUAAAAUUGACCGUCAUACAAAGUUUAAUCGAUUUGAAAUGUGUUUUUUAGGUUUAAAACUGAAUGUAAAUGUAAGUUUUCUCUAGUUUUUUUUUGAUAAUUUCAAUAAAGUGAUGUUUUAAUAA